CUGGAGGAAGCAGCCGGUUAAUGACUUCACAGGCCUGGCCCUGGGGCGGGGCGCCCGGGCGGAGCAACGCCCGCAGCGCCUCAGAAAGGAUCCGCUCCUCUGACCUGUCAUCCUCUACUCCUGCAAAAUCGAGAUCCAGAUGGCAAAGGGAGAGAUGGGUGGCCCUGAGACCCGUCUUGGCUUCCUGGACUUGCUUCUCAUUGUCUGGUUCAGCCGGACGCCCGGCGAUGCUCACUCUCUCUCCUUUGACUUCAUCGUUGAUCCUCAGCCCAGACCUGGACAGCCAUGGUGUGAGGUUCAAGGCCAGGUGGACAGAGAGCUUUUUCUCUCCUAUGAUUGUGGUCAUGCUAAGAUCAUAUUCACAAGAGUAUUGGGAGAAGAAGUGAAAACCAUAAAGGCCUGGGAAACACAGGUCGAAACACUCAGAGACAUCAGGGACUGGAUCAGGGACCAACUGCAUGACUUUACACUGGAGAAACACAUGCCUAGAGACCCUCUCACCCUGCAGGCCAGGAUGACAUGUCGCUGUGAGGAUGACAGACACGUCAGGGGAUCCUGGCAGUUUGGCUUGAAUGGACUAAAGAUCCUCCACUUUGAUUCGGAGAAUGGACACUGGAGGGUGGAUCACCCUGGAGGCAGAUGGAUGAAAGAGAAGUGGGAGAAUGACAGAGCUGUGACCAACUUCUUGAAGAAGGUCUCCAUGGGAGACUGUCGGGCCUGGCUUAAGGCUUUCUUGGUGCACUGGGAGGAAAUAUUGAAGACCACGGCAUCACCGACCACAGUCCCACCUACAGUGCAGCCCACGGCCCCACCCAUCAGUCACGUCACCUGGAUCGCCACUGGGGUUCUCACCAGUUUUGUCAUAAUGGGCAUCAUAGCCUGGAUCACUUACAAGAAGAGGAGACUGUGUUCCCAGGAAGCCCCUGACAGGUGCUCUGUUGGCCUCAGGACUCAGUCUUUGCUUGGCUGCUUUUGUUCUCCUGCUGUUCACUUUACAGCCAAGAGAUCAGACCUUAGGAGUCCCAAGUCUGUCUACCAGUUAUGAUGACACAGUGGCUGCACCAUCUGCGUCUCCUGUCGCAUCUGAUGAGCAUCCUCCUCAACAUCUUUAUUUUUUUCAAACCUAAUUUCUCUUGGUGCUGAGUGACGGAAUCCCUGAACUGAAACUUUCAACUAUUUGAACAAGAGAUCUCCACAAACAGAACUCUUUCAGUCUUCUUCUAGUUUUUGGAAAAUUAGACUUUUCCCUGCAUCGUGACCUUAUUCUUACAAAUGAUGAUAUUGCUGGAAAAAUACAUCUGUUAUUACAGGACUCAGGGAUUUUUUUCUAUGUCCAGAGAAACAACUUCAGUGUAUUUUCAAUGGGACAAAAUUUUACAUUGACUGAUUCCCUUCAUAAUUUAUUACCCUACUGGCGCUGAGUCAUGUUCGAUUCUUUGUGACCCCAUGGACUGUAGCCCACCAGGCUCCUAUGUUCAUCAGAUUUCACAGCAAGAAUACUGGAGUGGGUUCUUAUUUCCAUCUCUAGGGGAUCUUCCUGA